AUGGACCCCAACCGCGAGGCCGAGAACCGACGCAGAAACGAAUGGGAGGCAUUCAAAAGACAGGCGAUCGCAGAGAAGAUAAAAGCAACCAUGGAUUCAAACAUCGAACGGCUCGAUCAAAUAGCUCGGGAGCUCGAGCAGGCCCGACAAGAGAAUCGCCGGGCAAUGGAGGCGGCAAACCAGAAGAACGGAUGCGGCGCGGCGGGAUCUUCCCAACACGAGA